AUGUCUCCUAGAUUAAAAAAAUAUGCAUCUGGAUAUGAAAAAUGUAAAAAGAAACAAAAAAUUAAAGAAGAUAAUAAAGUUCAAGCAGAUAAUAUUGAUGAUAAUGAUUAUGUUGAUGUUGAUGUUGAUGUUAAUGAUAAUGCUAAUGACAAUGUUGAUGUUAAUGAUAAUCCUAAUGUUGAUGUUGAUGGUAAUGUUGAUUUUCACACUUUUGAUAUAUUUGAUCCAAGAAAUUGGGUUGUUCUUGAUUCUAAUAUGAUAAAUAUAUUAGCAUUGAAAGGUCCUAAAAGAUUUUCUGCAACAUAUUACACUAAAACUUUACCAAAUGGGGAAAAAUGUGAUAGAGAUUGGCUUGUUUAUUCUAAAAAAAUUGAUAAUUUUUUUUUGUUUUUGUUGUAA